CUCGUGGAGACAACAUCUGACUUCUGAACUGGAUUCAUCGGUGAGGUUGUGGAUCCGCAGCGGGGAUUGGCGGUGGAGACCUGGUGGCGGCACCGCGCACAAACUUCAGGGGGAGCAUGAGGAGCAGCUCCACGGGAGGAGUUCGUUGUUUGGAGGAGCUGCUCCGACCAGAAAACCCCGAGAGUCUCCUUGAAUGAGGCGGCGUGCUCUCACCUCGUCCACCACCAGGCUGCAGGGAGAAGCUCGGAGGUCCCACCGGCGGAGGGGGACUCGGCGGAGGGACUCCAGACUUCCGCGCUGGAAGUAGGACUGUGGACCGGACAGGCCCCGCAGCUCAACCCGCCCGCAGGGACGCGAACUGCCGCUUCUUCAGCCGGGAAACAAACAGCGAGAGUGAGUUUCAGCCUCGGACCGUGGCUUCAGUGAAAGUUGACAAAAGGAGCUCAGAGUUUAUGGCCACUUGAGUGCGCAAUUACGCACGCCUUCGUAGCCUGCACACGCGCUCCCUUUGUUGUGGAGUUCACUCUCAGCUGAAAGUGACAUUUUGACUCCAGCUGUGGUUGAUCCAGCUGUUGUCAGGGUGGGUGUAUGAGGAUGGUGGAGAGCCAGAGCUGUGUCCAGAGGGAGGGGGUGUACCGCUGGUUCUCCUCCCUCACCUCUGCCCAGAGAGCCGAGUUCCUGUGCGGGCUGCUGGACCUCUGCGUCCCCAUCGAGCUGCGCUUCCUCGGCUCCUGCCUGGAGGACCUGGCCCGCAAGGACUACCACUCGCUCCGGGACGCGGAGAUCAAGGCCAACAACCCCGCGGACCUGUCGGGCCUCACCAACAUCACCGACGAGGUGGUGCGCAGCAAACUGCUCGUGUCCCUCGCCUUGCUCGGCUCGGACAACCGGGAGGCUGCGGGGGUCCUGUACCGGACGCUGACCCACACGGACACGGUGAUCAAUAACUAUGGGCUGGCGCUGAACGACGGGAGAACCGAGGAGCAGUUUCUGCUGCUGUUCACCAUGGCCUCCAACCACCCGGCCUUCAGCUUCCACCAGAAGCAGGUGCUGAGGCAGCAGCUCAGCCAGAUCCAGGACAUCCUGCAGGUGAGCAGUGGAGGUUCAGCAGAGGCUCCAUCAGUCGGGCCUGUCGGGGAACGAGCUGCUGCUUGUUUCCAUCUGCCGCUCCACCACUAUCACCAUCCCGGCACGUCCCUGCCUCUGGCCUCGCCGACCCCCGCUGCACGCUCCCUGCCUGAGGCCAGCGCCACCUACCUGCCUCUGUCCGCCUGCCGACCCUGCCUCAUGCACUGCACCUGCGGGCACAGGAACCAGAGCAGAGAAGCCGGCACUGCGUCAGGGCCGGGGUCAGGGGUCACCAUAGGACGAGGAGACCAAGCAGUAAGCCAAGACCUCACCCCUCCUGUCCCAGACCGGGCUCCUCCUCCCCCUCCCCCUCCUCCUCCACCACCUCCGCCACCACCUCCUCCUCAUCUCCCCCCUUCUCUACCUGCUGGACAAGGCCUGGACGCAGCGGCAAAGACCCAACAGGGGAAAUCAGGAAAAGUGGUGAUUGAGAGGGUGGCGCUGAGAGGAGUGACGCACACGUCUGAAGACACCGGUGAAUGUGUGUUCGAGGUGAGCUGGUCGGAUGGUUUUGUGUUGUCCGUUGUCCGAACUCAUCAGGAGGUGACGGAGCUGCUGUCUCAGCUGUCACAGGCGUUCCCCGAUGAAGGAGUGGAGAAGUUCUUCCCUCAGUCCUCAGAGCCGGACCCCAGGUGUCUGACAGCGCUGCCCGGCCACGUCCUCCAGCACCACAGCGUCCAGCUGUUCUUUACCUCCACCAGGCCUCUCUCACCCAGCUGUCCUUCCUCCCUCUCUUCCUCCUUCCCCCCUCUACCUUCUUCCCCUCCCACAGCUCCCGUAGCCCCAACCUGCCCGCUCACCUCCAGCUCGAGUACGUCUUUAAUUUUUUACAUUGUUGAUGAAUUAUUCAUUUCAUCUGGAUUUGAUUUCUGCUUUUUGAAAAAAGAAAUAGGAAUUGCAGUCAUCAGACAGAUCUGAACUGCUGAAGGUAAAUUUAUGGCAUCUAUAUGGUGCUUUUCUA